UCGGUUUGAAGUGGAAAAAAAGAAGGGACUAUUUUCUUUACCGCGUGAAACUAUUUUUUGCCAUUUUAAUUUCCCCAAUUUUGAUUGAUACAUUUCCCCAUUCCCAUAAAAGGGUUACUGUGAAUAUUACUCCUAGUAGUACUACUACUAUCCUCUCUGUAAAAUCAUUAUUAUUAUUUUUUUCCCUCUCUCUCUCUCUAAUAUACAUAAACACACCAUAUUUGUUUCUUCCCUUUUUUAGAACCUCAAACCAAAAGUCUCUCUGGGUGUUUGCCAUAUUUGUAAGCAUCCCUUCUUGUUUCCUCAAAAAACCCACUUAUUUUGGGAAAUUUUUUGCAAGACCUUUCUUUUUUGCAGAAGGCUUGAAGAUGGUGAGAGGGAAGACUCAGAUGCGGCGUAUUGAGAACGCCACAAGCAGGCAAGUGACCUUCUCCAAGAGGAGAAAUGGGCUGCUGAAGAAGGCCUUUGAGCUCUCAGUUCUCUGCGAUGCUGAGGUGGCCCUCAUCAUCUUCUCCCCUAGGGGAAAGCUCCAUGAAUUUGCAAGCUCAAGCAUGCACGAGUCGAUCGAGCGUUACCAGAAGUAUACUAAAGAUAGCCAAGCUAACAAUCCACCUUCGGAGCAUAAUAUGCAGCAAUUGAAGCACGAAGCUGCAAGCAUGAUAAAAAAAAUCGAGCAGCUGGAAUCAUCAAAGCGGAAACUACUUGGUGAAGGUUUAGGGCCGUGCACCAUCGAGGAGCUGCAGCAGCUCGAGCAGCAGCUUGAGCGCAGUGUCACCACCAUUCGUGCACGAAAGAUGCAAGUGUACAAGCAGCAGAUCGAGCAUUUGAAGGAAAAGGAGAAAGCCCUAGCUGCUGAAAAUGCAAUGCUGUGUGAGAAGGGGUUGCAGUUUGGACUUCAAGCACGAGGCGGAGGGGGAGGAGGAGGAGGAGGAUGAUCAAACGAGGAGAGAGCAGUGGUGCCAUCUGCGGAGAUCAGUGAGGUGUCGGAUGUGGAGACGGAGUUGUUCAUAGGGCUGCCUGAGACGAGGCAUAAGCGCCCCUACCGGAAAUAGUAUGUGAAUAAAGUAAAUUAAAGCUAGCCAACUUCCUAGCUUUAGUAACUUAUGUCUGUUUAUAUGCAUAUUAUUGCUUAUUUUAUUUUUUAUGUUUGCACCUAGAAACUGCAAAUAAUUCGUGCCUACUGCAUCUGUUAAACCACAUUUAUUUCGUUUUCGCUGUGAUGGAAUGUGGUAUUUUUCAGAUCAUGGUUCCGAUGAAUUAUUUAUUAACUAAUGACCAACUUUUUUAUGCAUCA